ACGGCCGCCCGACUCCAUGCCCCGUUACUGCGCCGCGUUUUGCUGCAAGAACCGUCGGGGAAGGGGCGGCGCCGCCGCCGCCGAGCGGAGACUCAGCUUCUACCCGUUUCCGCUUCAUGAUAAAGAGAGACUUGAAAAAUGGUUACGCAAUAUGAAACGUGAUGCCUGGGUACCCAGUAAAUACCAGUUCUUGUGUAGCGACCAUUUUACUCCUGACUCUCUUGAUAUAAGAUGGGGAAUUCGAUAUUUAAAACAAACUGCCAUACCAACUAUCUUCUCUUUGCCUGAAGACAGUCAGGGAAAGGACUCUUCAAGGAGCAGGGUUAAGAAGAACCACACUGUGGACGGUAAGGAGGUAGGCCGGCCGCUAAAGUCAGAAGUUGUAGCGGCAUCCCGGGAAUCCCAUUCACCACGACGAGGUGGCAGCGCUCAGGCCCCCUGCUCAUCAGUCAUGAGGGACCCUCUUCAGAAGAGUAAACUGCUAGAUCCCAAACCAGAAAGCCCACAGGAUGAUGACCUGCUUACUCUGAAAGCAUUUAACCAACAGAUUGAAGAAGCAAAAUCCGUUUUGGAAGCCUCAGUUAUCCAGGAUGUAGAGAUUGGCAGUUUUCACCCCGUGGCCGAGAACCUUCUGAAUUCCGCGUCUGCUUUGGAACCCUCAAAUCCCGAACAUCUAUGCCUGUCUUUGGAACCAAUAAAUGUCGUUGAAGAAACGGCCACUAACUGUCCAAACCUUUCUGUGGGUGUGCAGGCAGGUUGCGGAAAUGCAGUCUUAUUCAAUACCAUCUCCCAGACUAUUGGGGAAUUGACUCCAAAUGAAGAAUCAGUUAUUACGAUCCUCUUACCUGCUGAAAGCUCGAAGCCUUCAGUGGUGUGCGGUUCACCGGAGCCCGCUCAACGGGACGCGCUAAACUUGGAAGACACGGACACCGAAGACUCCUUGUACAAGGACGUGGACUGUGGAACAGAAAUAUUACAAACAGAACAUUCGUACUGCCGACAAGACGUCGACAGGGAACAGCUCUGGCAAAAAGUUUCCAAACUGCAUUCCAAGAUAACCCUCCUUGAACUACAGGAGCAGCAAACUCUAGGAAGGCUUAAAUCACUAGAAGCUCUCAUAGGGCAGCUGAAACAGGAAAACUUGCUUUCUGAAGAAAAGCUCAAGAUUGUGGAGAAUUGUUUCACAACCUUUGAAGUCACUAUGAUCCAAUAAAAGCAUCUAGGAUUUUAUCGAAGCUCUUUGAUUAUGCAUCAAGUGACCUUUCCAAAACUGAAUCUCCUGUCUCCAAGACGCAGCGUUCCUCAGCCCGGGCUAGGGGCCCAGGGGAGGUUUCCAGGAGGCUGAGGAGACUCGGAGCUGUGGUGCUCUCUGGGUUGGGUGAACGGGAAGGCAGUAGCUGCCUUCUCCUGCCCUUUUACAUCUCCAUUUCCCCGCUCCACCCUUCCUCUCCCCCUAGUUCCCUAAGAUGAACAGUGAUUCUCAAGGGAGGCCGCAGAUGCAAUGGGGUGGGGAUUUUGCUUGCGAGCUCAAUGGAGGAAGAGCUGCGGGCAGGACCCGUUUUGAGCUUUUUGUUUAUUUGCUGUUCGGUUUGAAGGUCCCGGCCCCGGAAAUUGAAUUUCUAGAAUAAAGCGAAGAACGCCCC